AUGGGCACUCGUCUAGCAUCGCAGAAUGGCUUUGAUCUGAACUCCUUCACCAAGAAGUUGAAGCUACCCUAUAAACCUGAUUUGGAACAGUAUGAUACCGGUGCUAUACUGCGGGUGAAGCUCCGCAACUUCAUGUCGUACUCGCUCACAGAGUUUCACUUUGGCCCCAAAAUGAACCUGAUUAUAGGACCUAAUGGAACUGGAAAGUCCACUUUCGUCUGUGCUAUAUGUAUUGGACUUGCAGGAAAGCUUGAAUAUUUAGGUAAGAGUUCUAUGAAUGUGGAUCAUUUCAUCAAAUCGGGACAAAAAGAGGCCAGUAUUGAGCUAGAACUUAAGGCUGCUGAGAAGUUUGAAACAGUCAUAGUUGAAAGAGAGUUUGUGAGAAAAGGAAAAACAAGCUGGUACAUUAACAAGAAGCUUUCAAACGAGCUUCAAAUCAAAAAAUUGCUGAAGGACUUCAAUAUCCAACUCGAUAAUCUGUGUCAAUUUCUGCCUCAAGAUAGAGUGGCAAGAUUUGCAUCACUCAAACCCGAAGAGCUACUCAAGGAGCUUGAAAGACUGUACGAAAAUGGCGAGCUUCUGGAACAGCAUAACAAGUUAAUUGAGCUUUACUCUUUACGUCAAGAAAAAAUAAAAGCUCUGGCCGACAUAGAAUUUCAGCUUACGUCCUUGCGAGAAAAGCGUGUAUCAUUGGAGGAACGUGCACAGCAAUACCAAGAGUAUCAGCUAUUGGAGAAGGAGCUUCAAAGACAUGAAACAUUACGCCCUUAUGUUGAGCUGAGUACCAAAAAACGUGCUCGUGAAGAGUUGAAGAAGGAGGCAGAAGAAAUGAGCCAGAGAAUCAAAGAAUUUGACAAAAGAAUCCUCCCAAUGAAGGAGAAAUUACAACAGUUUCACCGAAAUUUGGGCAGCACUGAGACGCGGAUAAACGAAUACACUUCCUUAAAAGAGAAAUAUACCAAAGAGCUUGAACAGAGUUUGGGAGCUAUCAAAGAAGUUAACUCCGAUAUACAAAAAUUGAAUGAUCAGAGACUCUCGUUGGCAACGGAUCUUGAAACACACCGCAAGAAAUGGCAGCAAUUAUCGGAAGAGCUUGAUACUAUGACGCAGAAAUUGGAUUCGCUCGAGAUUCUCAGUAAGGAAGAAAUACAGGAGCUUAGAGAUCGCAGAGCAUCCAUUCAAGAUAAACUUUUGGAAGAACAGGAACCAAUCGAUGGUCUGGAGACAGAGAAAAGAGCAUUGAUGAGAAUAAAUGAACAGCUUGAGAACCGUAUCAAGACGAGUGAGAGCAGUCUAAAGUCCAAGGACCGACUACUUGUUUUAGACUCACACAGAUUUGGAAACAUCAUCAAGGCCGUUAAGCUCUUGAGAGAAAACAGAAAGAAAAUGAAGCUGGAAUAUUUUGAGCCCCCGAUUAUCUCGUUGACUGUCACCGAUGCGAAGUACGGGCCUGCUUUGGAACGGUGUAUUCGCUUCCAAAAUCAAUGUGCCUUCACUGUGCGCAACAAUGAGGACUAUAAGAAGCUGGCACGCUUUCUAUACAACGAAAAUCCUGACAUCGGACGCAAUAUUGGUAUCCGUACCUUGAGCGAGAACUUCAGUUUUCAGCCACGCAUCCACAGGGAAGAGAUCAAGAAAUAUAACUUUGAUGGAUACUUGGUGGACUUUGUUGAAGGCCCACGGGAGGUGAUUCAAAUGGUAUGCGAGAAUGACAGAAUUCAUAAUAUCCCCGUUUCUCAUCGCGAUAUCGAUGCGUCCAUCAAAGAUGCUCUCUCCUAUAAAAUACGAAACGAGAACUUUCCUAUGAGCGAGUUCAUUGCUGGUGAAGCCUACUAUUCGUUCAAUAAGUCAAGCUAUGGGUCUAAGCAGGUCACUGCAAACAUCAGGGGCUUCUCCUCAAGCCGAGUCUCCAUUUUCUCAGGUGGUUUACCAGAUGAUAAACGAUUGGAAAUACAACAUGAAAUUCACGAAUGCAGGCACAAAAUAUCAACGAACAAUCAAACAUUGGGAAAUAUUGUACAAAAGAUCAAGGAAAAACAGGGAAUGCUUAAAGAUUUGGUGAAGGAACGAGACGAUUUGACGGCAAAAAUUAGUCGCCAGACUAGAGCAGAAAAGGAUAGAGAAAAAUACGUCACUCACAUUGAAACAUUCAAGGAUAGAAUGAGGGUCGAGAGGAAGGCAAUCAAUAAAAUAAAGCACAAGGAAACGGACGGAACUGCUUCAAAGCUGGUUACCAAAAUAGGCAAAUUGGAAGAGAGGAAGAUUGAAAUAUAUGAGCUGAUUGAGCCAACGAUAUCAAAGAUAUGCGAAUUGGACGAAAAACUCCUAGAUGCUCAGAUAUUUGCGAUCCAGGAAAACAACAAAUUCAGCACCAUCGAGUCACUGAAUGAAUCGAUUUUGACAACACGUGAAGAAAUGUUAGAGAAGAGAAAUGAGCUCAGAAGCGCAUAUGUCAAAGCCAAGGAAGAAUAUACUCAAGCUCUGAAAGACUACAAAGCCUUGCUCGAGACCUUUUCUGAUGAGGAUCGUUUAGAGCUAGAAAAACUGGUUGCAGGGCUUCAAGAAAGCGAUGCUUUGACGGAGGAAGGUCUCAACGCUGAGAUCAGUAGGAUCAAAUCACAGAUGCGUUUACGCCGAAACGGUGCGGGAGCAGACUCUUUAAAACGCCUGGAAGAGGUGGAAAAGGAAAUUCAGCAAUACGAGCAGAAAUUGCCUGAAUUAGAUGUUGAUGUUGGUAUUCUUGAUCGACAAAUACAAGAUCUUGUCUCGGUCUGGAGACCAAAACUCGACUCAGUGAUUCGAACUAUAGCAAAAGACUUUAGUGAGAAUAUGAAGGCCGUGGCCAGUGCCGGCGACGUGCAGCUUGAUAGUGAGUCAGAGAACUUUUCGGAGUGGAAACUGAAAAUCCUUGUUAGCUUCCGUGAUAGCCAUGCGUUAAUGCAAUUGAAUGCGGCACAACAAUCUGGAGGAGAGAAGUCUGCCACAACGGCUGUAUUCCUGAACUCUUUACAGGGCCUCACGAAUACGCCAUUUCGUGUUGUUGACGAAAUCAAUCAAGGUAUGGAUUCGAAAAAUGAGAGGCUUAUCCACGAGUUGAUUGUUCGCAAAUCGUGCUCCGCACGUGGCUCACAAUACUUUUUGAUCACUCCUAAACUCCUUACGAAUCUAUACUAUGGAACAGGAAUGCGCGUACACUGCAUUCUUGCUGGAAGAUGGUGUCCUGACUAUGAGGAUAAGGUGGAAUUUUUGGAGAUGGGGGUGACGGAUAAAUAUUUUUGA